AUGUCAUCAGACGCACGAGCGACGUUAGAUCAUUCAUACGCCACAACACGUAUCGAUGUUAAUAACAAUGAUCCGAACGAAAAAAUUGAUCCAGAUGCUUUAAAAAAUGUUAACACCAAAGACACAUUAAAUGAUGAAGCACAGAAAAAUGGUCAAAUUAAAGUGCAAUUAAGUAAAGUUAAAUUGAUCAUGGUGAUAAUUGGUUUGUCACUUGGUUUUUUCGUAGCUACAUUGGAUCAAACUAUUGUGGCUACAGCAUUACCAAAAAUCUCUUCAGACUUUAAUGCUCUAGAACACAUUACUUGGGUUGCCACAUCUUAUUUAUUAACAACGACGGCUUUACAACCAACUUAUGGAAAAAUUUCGGAUAUUUUUGGCAGAAAAGUGACAUUCCUUUUUGCAAUUACCCUUUUCGAAAUAGGAAGUUUGCUUUGUGGUCUGGCCUCAAAUAUGGUUUCAUUGAUUAUCUUCCGUGCCAUAGCUGGACUUGGAGGUGGUGGUAUAAUUCCCUUGGUUUUGAUUAUGGUAUCAGAUAUCGUCCCACCUCAAGACCGCGGAAAAUAUCAAGGAUUGGUUGGAGGUACUUAUGGUAUUUCUUCAGUGGUGGGUCCAUUACUAGGAGGCGUUUUUACAGAUCACUUAACUUGGAGAUGGGUAUUUUUUAUUAACAUUCCAAUAGGAGCAUUAACAAUUGUCGUAAUAAUAAUUUUGCUUCGUAUGCCACGCCCAGAAGGGUCAAUACGACAAAAAAUUAAACGGAUAGAUUAUCUUGGAACCAUUGUUAUGAUUUUAACUAUUGUAGCAUUGUUAUUUCCAUUGAGUUUAGGAGGAAAUGAGUACGCAUGGAAUUCUCCUGUGAUUAUUGUACUAUUAGUAGUAGGAUUUGUUGGAUGUUUUUUAUUUGCUUUGGUUGAAGUUAAAUUUUCCGUUGAACCCAUUGCGCCUCCACACUUGUUUAAAAGUGUAAAUGUUAUUGCAAACUUAAUCGCGCUUUUCUUUCAUGGAAUGACAUUUUAUGGAUUGAUUUAUUACAUUCCAGUUUAUUUCCAAGUUAUAAAAGGUGAUAGUGCUACCAAGUCAGGUUUAGAAUUAAUCCCAUACAUUCUUGGUGUGGUAUUAGCGUCAAUUUCAACUGGUCAAUUAAUGUCACGGUCAGAUAUAGCAUCUUAUCGUACGAUAACUAUAUUUGGUGGAGUAUUGAUCACAGUUGGAUCAGGUUUACUUACUUUAUGGAACGAACAUACUGGAAAAGGUGAAAAAAUUGGUUAUAUGAUUAUCACCGGUACAGGAGUAGGAAUUAUUCUUCAAUCUACAUUGAUUUGUGGACAACAGAUUGUUGAUUAUAAAGAUGUUGCAGUUAUUACUUCUCUUUUAACCUUCUUUAGAACUGUUGGAUCCGUAUUUGGUGUCACAAUUAUCGGUACAACAUUCAAAAAUGUUCUUAUUCGUAAUUUAAAUGAACUUUCAUUACCAUAUGAUAUAAGUAUGGCUGUAAGACAAUCUGCUAAUGCAGUUCAAGACUUGCCUGACGAUAUGAAGAUUCUGGUUAUAACUGCUUACGUUAAUGCACUGAGAGCUGCUUUUAUGAUUUUAAUACCAGUAGGGUUAUUAUGUACUAUUUCUGCAACCUUUAUGGGAAAUCAUAAGCCUGAAAGGAGUGAAAAAGAGACGGUGGUGGUUUUUGA